CGCCCUGAGGCUAGCGCUCGUGCGGGUCAGUCGGUCGGCGGGGCCUGCGCGGGGCCCGGGCCCAUGGCGGCGUCGGCGGCUCUGUCUGCGGCAGCGGCGGCGGCCGCCCUGUCUGGCCUGGCGGUGCGGCUGUCGCGCUCAGCGGCGGCCCGAGGCUCCUACGGCGCCUUCUGCAAGGGGCUCACGCGCACGCUGCUCACCUUCUUCGACCUGGCCUGGCGGCUGCGCAUGAACUUCCCCUACUUCUACAUCGUGGCCUCGGUGAUGCUCAACGUCCGCCUGCAGGUGCGGAUCGAGUGAGCACCGGCGGCGGUGGCGGAGGCCCGGCUGGAGGGGCGCCCGUGUCCCCGCCCGCCCCCGGCCGGGUCGCCGGCAUGAAGGACAGCUGGGCCGCGGCGAGGGGUGGAGGCGGGGCGGCUCGGGCCCCUGCACUCUAGACCUACGCCGUCCGGGCAGGACCGCCCAGCCCUGGCCCCAGCCGCUGUCUCAGCCUGGGGAGCCCGGAUCGCGCAGAAACGCACUGAACGGGCAUCGGGCUCCAGAAACUACCUGGGCUCGGCCUACCUGUUGCCUCACAUUGGCCAAAGAGGGGGAAACCAGAAGGAGGGAAUUCUGCUGCGGCGACUUGAAU